CAAUAAUUGACUUUCAGUCCGUCUGUUGGCUUCAGCUAACAGCAACAAUGGACCUUUUGGGAAACUGGAACAGCAUUUUUCCCCAAAUGACAUGGAGACAGAUUGAUCAGAGUGUCUCCACAGCAGAGUUUGGAGACUUGAUUGAGUUUGCACAUCCAUGGUCAGGAUUGUCUCUUUGGGGUGUUUAUGUUGGAGAAGGCCAUGUUAUCCAUUUUGGAGUGGGAGAUGAGAACAUGACACAGAGAGCCUGCCGCGGCCUCCUUCAACAAAUUGUUCCAAAGUCAAAUGGUGAUCGUGUUCUGAGAAAGACCAGAAUCUGCACACAGCGCAUUACGGAGAUCAAAGUGUCUCCAGGAACUCGCAUCAGGGUCAACAACAACAAGCACAACCUGGUUCCAUCUCCACAGGAGAGGAUGAUUAAUUGCUGUGAGACUUUUCUGCACCAGGAGUUCAAAUAUGACCUGAUGAACUUCAACAGUGAGCAUUUUGCCACAUUUGUUCGAUACGGCAACGCUGUGUGCAACCAGAUUCCCUUUAAGAAAAAGAAUGGCACGCAUGUUGAUACAACUCAAACCCUGCAAAUGAUAAUGCAGCAACGGAUGGAGACAGAAACUUAAGAUCUUCUGCGGUGCCUCUCAUGUAUAUCUGUCACACUGACUUUGAUAAUGAGCAAAAAUAAAAC